UUAGGACUAUAUCACUUGAUUUAGGUCCCCUGAUAUCCUGUCUGGUCUGACUUUUGUUAAUAACACCGGGUCAACAAUUGAUAAUAACCUGUUGACAAGUUGCUAAAAAUUGAGGCAUCACAAUAAAACUUAAAUUGAAGAAAUACUACCAGAUUACCUGCACUGUACGGAUUUUAGUAUUGCUGUGGUGAUCUAUACACAUAUCCUCCUGAAGAAAAUGGAUGGAACCACUGAUGAUCCAGAGAGGGUAAAAAUACGGGAAGAGCUAUCUCAGAUGAGUUUUGAAGACCUCCAAAAACUUAAAGAAAAACUAGGAAUAAAGGUCUAUAAUCAAACUGUAUUAGGUGCAAAAAAAGAAAAACCAGAACUCGACUUUAAGAGAGCAAAUAAAAACAGGCCCAGAGAAGAGUCCUCUAAGAAAAGAGUACCAUUGCUGAGGGACGUAGUUACUAUUAAAAAAGACUCGAUAAGAGACCCAAGAUUUGAUAGCUUGUGUGGUGACUUUAAUGAGACGGCAUUUAAGAAUGCAUAUAGUUUUAUAAAAGACAUCAAACAAAAGGAGAAAGAAGAUCUGUACAAAGAAUUAAAAAGGACACAUGAUGAAGACCGUAAAGGCGAAAUCAAAUAUUUGAUUCAGAGAAUUGAAAACCAAGAAAGAGAAGAAGCACGAAAGCUGAAGAAGGAAGAAAAACGAAAACAGGAGAGAGAACAACAGAUUGAAAGUUUACGGCAAGGGAAAAUGCCUAAAUUUGUCAAAAAAUCUGAGAAGAAAGUGUUAGACCUUGUGGAAAGAUACGAGGAACUGAAGAAAAGUGGUAAACUGAAGAAACACAUUGAGAAGAGGAAUAAGAAAAGAUUGAAGAAAGAUCGUAAAACACUACCUCUGGAUAACGACUAGUGAAGUUUACAUAGUUUUUUAUGACAUGACUUAUUCUUAAUUGUUUGUUUUUAUGUAUAUAUUUUUAUAUAAAACCCAAUAAAGUUCUCUGUUUAGAGCUUAAAA